CGAUCCUAUUAUCCUACAUAAGCCCUUUAGGGGACCUAGUCCGAAUCCGGGUCGGAAUGGCCUUUGCUAGGGUUUUUGUUCCUUUCCCUCCGUCAUCCUCCUCGCGACCCUCUCUUCUCUUCCUCCCAAUCUCCCACCUCUCUAUCCCCUUCCAAUCCAUCCGUAACCUCACCGUCUCGGCUUCCUCCUCGGCCUUAAAUUCCUCUGAUUCAGUGGAAAUCGAAGCUCCAAAGACCCAUCGAUGGAGACCUAUGUGUCUCUACUACACGCAGGGUAAAUGCAUCAAGAUGGAUGAUGCUACCCACCUUGAGAAGUUCAAUCACAAUUAUUCAGCAGACCUGAAAGUGAAUGUUACUCGCCUGAAUAGAUUGAGGCCUCAAGAUCUAGAUUACCUAUUGGUUCUUGAUCUGGAGGGGAGAGUUGAGAUUCUUGAAUUUCCUGUUCUGAUGAUUGAUGCCAAGACUAUGGAAUACAUUGAUUCAUUCCAUAGGUUUGUAAGGCCAAGCUUAAUGAGUAAGCAGAAAAUUAUGGAAUACAUUGAAGGAAAAUAUGGAAGAUUUGGAGUCGACCGAGUAUGGCAUGAUACAGCAAUCCCUUUUAAAGAUGUUCUCGAGGAGUUUGAGGUAUGGAUGACUAAUCAUCACUUGUGGAAAAAGGAUCAAGGAGGAUCACUUAAUCAUGCAGCAUUUGUGACCUGUGGGAAUUGGGAUUUGAAGACAAUGAUCCCUAAGCAGUGCAGAAUUUCAAAGAUAAAGAUGCCCUUGUAUUUCAUGGAGUGGAUUAAUCUAAAGGACAUUUAUCUCAAUUUUUACAAGAGAACGGCAACAGGAAUGAUGACGAUGAUGAGGCAACUUGAGAUCCCAGUGUGGGGAAGUCAUCAUCUUGGUCUCGAUGAUGCUAAGAAUAUAGCAAGAGUUCUUCAGCAUAUGCUCGCAGAUGGUGUGGUCCUGCAGAUUACUGCAAGGAGGAGUGCUUCAUCUCCUGAUGAGCUUACCAUCAGUUCUCUCAUGGAGACCUCGGCUGCUAAUGUGGAAUCCAGAAGCAAGGACAUGCAGCAAAGUUCGGGUAAAAGCAAAGAUUAGCACAGCAACAGAAAACAGUGGCAGCAAAUUUUUUUCUUCAUUCCUCCCUUGCACACUACAUCUUGCAACAAAUGCAAGUUUUACUUUGAAGAAGCUCGCAUCAAUGCUUCAAAUGCAAGAUGACACAUGAAUAGGGCCAACUCUCUCAGACUCAGCUCGUUCAUGCAGAUGGAGUGUUCAUUGAGGCAGAGGAUCGCAGUUGCAGUGCCAUCCUUCGAUAAAAAGAGUGUGAUCAUAACAGAUGGGAGGUCGAUACCUCUCCCCCCUGUUCAGAGGAUGUCAUGGUCAGAAUACUGAAAAUGUGACCUGCCAUUUCCAAAUUGUUGCAGGUUUAAAUGCUGCAGCUGGAGCUCAUGACAUGAUGCACAUGGCCAUGAAAGUCUGUGAAGCUAUUUGGAGGACUUUGUUACCUGGGUGGGCCUGAGAGCUUUUGUAGCCUCAAAUGCUUAAUUAUCUUAAUAAAACAAGAGUAGGUGAAUUUUCUCCAUCCACAUAUGUUGCUUUUGGCUUGGAUAAUUCCCUUCUGUUCUUAUUUUCUCAUUCUUUGUGUAUUGAAUGCCAAGAGCCCCUUUUCAA